CCCAUCCCAUCAGCAAUUGAAAUCCUCUCUCUCUCCCCCCCCAAUAAACCCCCUCUUUUCUACCCAUUGGCGCCAUGCCGUCCGCUCUCUGCCCUCACCGGGCCCUCCUCCGUCCACCCCCUCCCACCUUCGCCAUCGUCGCAUCUCUCCUCGUCCAUCGCCCUCACCCUCACCACCACAACUUUCGCCUCUCCCUCUCUCACGCAUAUUCCUCCCACUCCUCGAAAUCACACACCCGCCCCUCCUCCUCGACGCAACCCUCUACUACCUCCUCCACCUCCACAACCUCGACCUCCUCGCUCGCCCACGACAUCAAUCCGCCCCCGAGCACCCGUCCAGCGGACCUCAACCUCCCCGCGACCCUCCCCAAAGACGCGCCCCCAGCCUCCAAACUAAAACGCUACAUCGCCGUCGGCCGCGCCUACCUGACCUUCUACAAGACGGGCCUAAAAAACGUCUACCACAACUACCGCGCCGCGCUCCCCCUCCGCCGCUCGCUAGGGCUACCGGUCUACCUCCCCAGCUCCCCGCCGCCCGCAGCCCGCCAUGCCGCGGCGUUUCGCAAGUCGCUCCUCUCCUCCGACCUCAGUCGCUCGCAGUUCCAGCUGCUCCGACGCUCCGCCUACGAUGUCCGACGCAUGAUCCCCUUCGCGCUGAUCCUGAUCGUCUGCGGCGAGAUGACUCCGCUGGCUGUCCUGGCGCUAGGCAAUGCCGUCACCCCCUUGACUUGUCGCGUGCCGCGCCAGUUGGAGAAGGAACGCAUCAAGCGGUCUGUCCGUAAGCGCGAUGCUCUGGUGCCAGUGGGCUCCGUCACGGCGCCCACGGUCGGGUCGGACGCUGAGAUGAGCGCCUUGCGUCGGAUGGCCGAUCCGGAGUGGAUCCGCGACGCGGACGAUCACGCCGUGCUGCGUGCUUGCGCGGCCCUGGGCCUGGCCAAGACUCAUACGCGCCCAACCUGGUGGGUGGGCCUCAUCUACCGCCCCCGGUUGAACCGGUAUGCGGAGUAUCUGGAUCUGGAUGAUGGGUUGAUUCGCUCCUGCGGCGGCGUCUCCAGGAUGGAGGCGUCCGAGGUGCGUAUGGCUGUGGAGGAACGCGGUCGGGUCGGGGUCGGUCUGACGGGGGGGGAAGACGGCUGGGAGGUGGAGCGCGAAGAGAGGCGCUGGUUGGAGAAAUGGCUGGCCGCGCGAGAGAGAAAAUAGAUAGAGAUAGAGUAGGCGGGGAGGUUACGACUGGCCUGCUCCGGCCGACGUGAUAUGAUGGAUGAUUCCAAUGGGGGUCGGGACACGGCAGUGUGUCCCCUGUAUAGUAUUAUUAGAGCUUGCUACUCCCGGAUAGAGAGGCGCGGGCAUAUGUAUGUAUGUAGACAGACAGUAUGGAUCAUUUCGAC